UCGCAGUCUGCCCGCCUCUUGCCGGCCUGUGCGGACCUGCCGGGCCGGGGGCACACCCAGGAGGGUGUGAGCGCAGCGGGAGCCGAGUGCUGGCACGCAUGGGCCCGGGGAGAGCCCAGCCCCGCGCUCACCUGGCCCAGCUGCGGGAGCCCGACGUCCGUGGGGAGCAGGACACCUGACCUUUGCUCUGGGACAGUCUGCUGCUAUGGCAGACCCCCCUGGCUGCUGCUCUACCUGUGCCACCUGCCUGCUCUGCCCCUACAGCUGCCAGUGGAUCACUGCCAAGAAGGAGAAGAGGAAGGGCCUGAGAACCACCAAGUGUGACUGCAGUUGGUUCCUUUUCCUCUUCUGCGUCUUCCUCUUCACACUGGUGUGGCUCUACUUCGCUAUCAUCAUCCUCAAUGAUUUCCACAAUUUCAACGAAUUCAUCUUCAGGGAGAGGAAGCUGUGGCUAGACUGGUCCCAGGUCCUGCUCAUAGCUACGGCUGUGCUGAUCAGCUACUCGUCUGUGCUGCUGGUCCUUGCUUUGUGCCUGCAGCUCUGCGGCCAGCCCUUGAAGCUACACUGGGUGCACAAGGUCCUGCUGAUCCUAACUGCCCUGGUGGUGGCUGCAGCCUUCACAGGGCUGGGAAUAAAGUGGGCGGAGGAGUGGAAAAGCGCUCGUGUCUCCCUGCAGGCAACAGGUCCCUUCCUGCACAUUGGAACUGUGGGGGGAAUGACGCUCCUUGCCUGGCCCCUGGCCAGCUUCAUCUACCGCACCCGCAAGACAGGUCUCAGGGUGUUUCUGCUGCUUGUGUACUGUGCAGCGAUGAUUGCACUAUACCUGGCUCCCUUGGGAAUCACCUCCCCUUGCAUCAUGGAGGAGAACCAGCUUCCCCCCAAGCCAGCCCUAGUUGGCCAUCGAGGAGCACCCAUGCUGGCCCCCGAGAACACCCUCAUGUCACUGCACAAGGCGGUGGAGUGUGAUGUGCAAGUCUUCGAGACAGACGUCAUGGUGAGUGCUGACGGGGUCCCAUUCCUCAUGCAUGACGAGGAACUCACCAGGACCACCAACGUGCAGGCUGUGUUCCCUGACAGGGCUGCCCAGAGCAUUGCCUUCAACUGGACAGAUCUCCAGCAGCUGGAUGCUGGCAGCUGGUUUCUGGAGCGGAGGCCAUUUCCCACUGUGCAGAGUCUUUCCCCUGCUGAUCGCAAUGAGACAACCAAACAGAGGGUCCCAUCCCUGGAACAGGCUCUAGAGGCAGCCAAGCAGAGCAACAUCUCCAUCAUGUUCGACCUCCGGCCUGAGAACCACAGUGACUACCAGAACUUUGUCAAUGUCACCCUGGGAGUGAUUUUACAGUCAGGCAUCCCACUGCAGCAGGUCCUCUGGCUUCCAGAUGGGUUCAGGGAAGAUGUCAAACAGCAGGCCCCAGGUGUCCAGCAAGUCUACGGCCGGAAGAGACUCAAGGAUGAGAAGGAGCCAGUACUGCAUGUCAAUUUGCCCUACCAGGACAUGAGCUCUGAGGAGAUCAGGCAGUACCGCCAGGACAACAUCUCUGUCAACUUGUAUGUGGUGAACCAGCCUUGGCUCUUCUCUGUGCUGUGGUGCUCAGGGGUGAGCUCUGUCACCACCAACGCCUGCCAGGUGCUGAAGGAGAUGAAACACCCUGUCUGGCUGCUUCCCAGCAGCACAUACCUCAUGAUCUGGAUCGUUGUAGACUGCGUUUCCUUCCUUAUCAUCAUCUGGGCCUUCGUCUUGCUGAAGAAAUGUUCCCACAGAAGACAGCCAGCGGGUGAGUGCACACGGAAUGAGAGCUUCCCUCCCUUGGAGCCAGGCUCUGCCUGUGGGACUCUUUUCUAACAGAGUCUGAGACGGAUGUGCUGCUCACAAAGAUCAACAGCUUGAUGCAAGAGUGACCCCUCUUGCCUGCGUCAGCCGUGGGGAAGGGCGGCCAGAGCCCUGCACAGCUCAAGCAGGGAGCACUCCUCAGGCCAGCUUCGAGGCUCCUUUCCUUUUCAGACUCCUUCAUGAGCCUCCCUUCUACCUUGGCCUUCCUUGCUCCUUUUCAUGGUGCACAGCUGCCCUCAGCUGAAAAGACUUGGAACUGGGUUCUCAUUGCCCACUGGCAGCAAGGAACUAAAGCUUUGCAGGAGUUGCCUAGGGGCAGAAUAUUUACCCAGCAGUGCUGGAGCUGAGGCCUCUCCCUUGGGGUUUGGACAGGAGCAGGGAUUUGGGUCGCUGUUUGGUGCAGGGGGUGUCCUGUCUCUGCCUGUUGUCAGCAGCUCUGCAGCCAGUGAUGGGGCACCUGGUUUAAGGGCUGCUCCCCUGGGAGCUGCCCUGUCCCAUGGCUUGAGGAAUAGGAAGGGGGGUGCAGAGUGGCUUGUCACAAGACAAAGGAGAAGCCGAGCUCUUCACCCUCCCAUCCUGAACAGAAAUCCUGUCCCGGCUGCUGCUGGCUUCAUGUUCACGGGACAGGGUCCUGGCACUCCAUGCAGCAGUUAAUGCCUGUUGCUCGGGAGAGAAAAGGAGUAGGGCUGGGGGUGGUGGGUGGCAGGGGCUGGCAGGACCGCGCUCACGCUCCUGCUGCUGCUCCAAGGCAGCAGAGGGAGCGGUGGGACUCGGCAUCGGUCACAUUGCAGCACGGCCUUGAACAGGGAGAGGGGUAUCGUGUCAGUUUGACUUGUUGCUGUCUAUUUAUGUCAAUAAAGCAGAGGAGCGGCA